AUGGCGUUGCUUAUGCCGUUUGUGUCUGUUGCGGUUUCUAUACUUUACACGCCGUUUUUGCUUUUAAUAUUGUGUAUUAUAUUCUUAGCAUCAAUUGGAAAAUCUCUAGGCGUUCGGAGAUUAUAUGUGAACAUACUUUUGAAGCUUUUUGAGUAUGGCCGCCAGCACAUCGAAGUGGCCAAGAAACUGCAGAGACACGACAGCUCUGACGAGGAAGAUCCGCCCAUACCAGACGAUAAACCACCUUCAGCAAUUAUCAAGGAGAAUGGCCUUAAUGGUACAAAGAUGACAGUGAUAGAGAGGCAAGAAAUACUCGGUCCUUCUCCGGAGUUGAACUAUAGGAAGGACCAGAACGGUCACCGGACCGAGCAGGGUAUAGGCGAGACAAAUUUGGAGUUCCAUUUCUACCAUUGCAUGGACUUAGUCAAGGCCGGUAUGGAAUCCAUCAUCGAGGACCAGGUCACUUCCGUAUUCGAGGCUGAGGAGUUGAGAAGUUGGAACCUUCUAACUAGGACUAACAGACAGUACGAGUUUCUAACGUGGAGGCUAACCAUCAUAUGGAUGAUGGGCUUCGUGGUGCGGUACUUCUUCCUUCUACCCUUAAGGCUAUUGAUCUUCGUCAUUGGGGUUUGGUGGCUGAUUGUAAGCACGGCCUGCGUUGGGACUCUACCCGACGGUCCGUUCAAGCAACGGGUCAAUUAUGCGACUUCGAUCUUGAGCUUCAACUUCCUCUCGAGGUGUAUAUCGAUGGUGAUCACCUACCAUGAUGGUGACGUGAACAAGCCGAAGAACGGGAUAUGCGUGGCGAACCACACCAGCCCCAUCGACGUGCUGGUGCUGAUGUGCGAUAACUGUUACUCGUUGAUUGGUCAAAGGCACGACGGUUUCCUUGGGCUUUUGCAAAGGGCAUUAGCUAGGGCUUCGCCGCACAUUUGGUUCGAGAGAUCGGAAGUCAAAGAUCGACACGCGGUCGCCAGAAGACUAAAAGAACACAUAUCGGUGCCGGACAACCCCCCAAUCCUCAUAUUCCCUGAAGGCACCUGCAUAAACAACACCUCAGUUAUGCAAUUCAAGAAGGGAAGCUUCGAAGUCGGUGGCACCAUUUACCCAGUCGCAAUUAAAUACGACCCGCGAUUCGGCGACGCGUUCUGGAACAGUUCCCGAUACGGGAUGCUGCACUAUCUCCUCAACAUGAUGAGCUCGUGGGCGAUCGUCUGCGACGUGUGGUACCUGCCGCCGAUGCAUCGCGAUCCAAACGAGACGGCCGUGGACUUUGCGAACCGGGUCAAGGCCGUGGUAGCGAGGAGGGGUGGACUCGUCGAUCUCAUGUGGGACGGGCAAUUAAAACGAAUGAAAGCAAAGAAGGAAUGGCGGGAGUUACAACAAGAAGAGUUCAGCAAAAGACUGAAAAGGGAGUAG